CCUGUUUGACGAGACAGUUCAGUGCAAUCCAUCUUGAUUUUGGCAUGCGCUUGCAAGUGUAUAAAAAGACGAUUUUUCUCUGAAAAUGGUUUCUUCUUUCGCACCAUGAGGGCUGUAGUGUUACUGGAAGGUUUUAUACUAAUUGCUUUCGCAGCAAGUUUAGCUCAAGAACCUGAUAAUAGCAAUCCAGAUUUGUUAAGCUCCUCAAAUAUACCUCAAACGUGUUCUCUAACCACAAAUCGUCACUCCGGCAUCCAGCUGAUCCACCCACAGCCAGAGUUCCGGGAUCCCUUCAAGGUGUUCUGCGAUCAGGAGUACGAGGGUGGAGGCUGGAUUGUGAUCCAGAAUCGAUUCAAUGGAGAUGUGCACUUUUAUCGACGAUGGAGCGAGUACGAGCGUGGAUUUGGCAAUAUGAACGGGGAGUUUUGGCUGGGUUUGGGGAAGAUUCACGAACUGACUUACUCGAGACGGUACGAGUUGCACGUGAUUUUGGAGGAUUGGGAUGGAGUUCGGGCGGUUGCACGGUACAGUGACUUUUUGGUAGCUGGACCCGAGGAAGGGUUCAUGCUGAGGAGUUUGGGGAACUUUAGUGGAAGUGCUGGAGAUUCUUUGCGCAAUCACCUUGGCAUGAAGUUUACCACUUUUGAUGUAGAUAAUGAUGAACGUGCUGACAAUUGCGCUGUGGUUGUUUAUGGAGCCUGGUGGUAUAGGAAUUGUUAUCAGCACUCUGGAGUCCAGCUGAUCCACCCUCAACCAGGAUUUCGCGACCCGAUCGAGGUGUUCUGUGACCAGGAGUACGAGGGUGGAGGCUGGAUCGUCGUUCAGAACCGCUACGAUGGAUCGGUUCACUUCUACCGCGGUUGGAACGAUUACGAGCGUGGCUUUGGUGACUUGGAGGGGGAAAUGUGGCUGGGGUUGGGGAAGAUUCACGAACUGACUUACUCGAGACGGUACGAGCUGCAUGUGAUUGUGGAGGAUUGGGAUGGUGUUCGGGCGAUUGCUCGGUAUAGUUACUUUUUGGUAGCUGGACCUGAAGAAGGAUACAUGCUGAGGAAUUUGGGAAACUUUAGUGGAAGUGCUGGAGAUUCACUCACGAAUUAUGAUCUUGGUAUGAAGUUUAGCACUUUUGAUAACGACAACGAUUUGUAUGGGGGAAAUUGCGCUGUUCUUAUGUAUGGAGCUUGGUGGUACAAGAGUUGUGCUCACAGCAACUUGAAUGGACGGCACAUGCAAGGUACUUACAUGACGGGAAUGCUGUGGCCCUCGUUUAGAUCGGGCCACUACAGUCUUAAACGCUCCCGGAUGAUGAUUCGAGCUGUAGUUUGAAUUAAUUGCAAAUAAAUCCUAACCUUUCAG